CCGCACGGCGUCUCGUCCGCCUCUCAUUUGUCGGUGGGGCGAAGCUCGCGCUGCAGCUCUCGUCUCGCGCAGAGUUGCUCUCAACUUUCUCAUUCAACUCUCUCACUCAACUCUCUCACUCAACUCUCUCAUUCAACUCUCUCACUCAACUCUCCCACUCAACUCUCUCACUCAACUCUCUCACUCAACUCUCUCACUCAACUCUCCCACUCAACUCUCUCACUCAACUCUCUCACUCAACUCUCUCACUCAACUCUCUCACUCAACUCUCUCACUCAACUCUCUCACUCAACUCUCUCACUCAACUCUCUCACUCAACUCUCUCACUCAACUCUCUCACUCAACUCUCUCACUCAACUCUCUCACUCAACUCUCUCACUCAACUUUUUCAUUCAACUUUCUCACUCAACUCUCGCGAGGCAACUCUGAAACGCGAUGCCCGCGCCGAGCCGGCACGAGUGCGUCCAGACGGGGCUGGAGUUCGAGUUGUUCCUGCAGCAGAGCGGCUUCCAGCCGGAACUGCGCGUCUUUAGCAAAGCCGAGCUCAGAGACGUCUACAACCAGAGCUUCAGAAACAGUGAUGAACAAAGGAGGCCGAACUUUUCUUCAAUGAUUUAUUACCUCAAGCAAUGUGAAAACGUUAGAGUUAGGAAUGGAAACAUUGCUUUCAAGAUAAGUGCAGCAAGGCCGGAUCGACGACCAUCCACUGCCUCUUUUGCGCGUGGAGGAGGCCACAGCGGAGGUGUGGAGAAUCUGGUGGCUCCCUCUGAAAUCAUCCCUCUGGAUGCCACCAGGAGUGCUCGCAGAGCCACUCUGAUACAGCUGCUCCGGACACACAAAGCGUGGAUGCUUGAGGAUAAACAUGGGAUCUCAAUUACUGCUGAGCCGCCAUUUGUGAGUGGUGAUGUGAAGCAGCAGUUGCUCGUGACUGAGAAGAAGCGCGUCACGAUCACAAUCAGGAACCAGGGUACCACUUGUGUGCAGCUGAGACGCUGUGAUAGAUUGCGCAAGAUGGUCGGCUUCUCACUAACGAGCGACAUCGACUUUCAGCCCAACAAUCCCCUCUUCCUCCCUGCAGGUGGGAAGCCGUUCUGCAUGCACGUGACCUUUUGCACAAAAACUCGCGGCCACCACAUUCUGCUGCUGGUCUUCGAGUUUCUGUUUGAGGGCGAGGAGGUGCCGUUCCACGUGGCGCGCUCCAUCACCAUGGAGACACGUUCGGAGCUGAGCGACGCGCUGCAGCCCACGAAGCCGUACGAGCCAAUCAAACAGAGACCUCCCAUCUACCGCAACCGCUGCACCGUGGAUGGGGUGAAGCCGGACAUAGAUGACCAAUCUGACCUGAAGCUGGUUCUGAAGCUGGAAAGUUAUCCUAUCAACAAAGAUGAGGUCUCACCAAUGUCUCAAGAGGUCAAUUCAUGGCUUCAAGAUCCGCUGACAUUUUUGAAUUACAAGAAGAAGUUUCAUCAUCUGCUUCACUUGGAUGAAUUGCAAAUGAGGUCCGAUAUCCGGGUAUAUGACUUGGAAGACCAAAUCAUGGAGCCUGAUCUCAACAACAGAAAACUUCUCAAGUUGAGAGUGCCGGGCGUGGCGGAGAGCCGCCCCUCGGUGCUGCGGGGAGACAGGCUGGUGGUGAGCGAGAGCGCGCGGCGCAGCGCCGACAGCUGCAUGGACUUCACAGGCUACGUGCACGGGGUGCACCUGGAGGACGUCUCCCUCGGAUUCUCCCCCUCGUUCUUGAAUCUAUUUGUGAAGAACAUGAAGUUCGAUGUGAUGUUCACGUUCAACCGGACGCCACUGAAACUGCAGCACCGUGCCGUGGACCAGGCGGUGGCGAACCCGGCCUUCGAGCACGUCCUGUUCCCUACAGGCUCCUACAACAUGACGAUACAGGAUCCCAGCUCACAACUCGUGCUGUACAACCGCAUCCUGUCCGAUAACCCGGAGCAGUAUCGCGCCGUGCAAAACAUCGUGUCUGGAAUCUCACGCCCUGCGCCGUACCUCAUCUUCGGGCCUCCAGGGACCGGCAAGACGGUGACUCUGGUGGAAUCCAUCCGUCAGGUGGUAAAGUGCAUUCCUGGGACGCACGUGUUGGCCUGUGCUCCCUCCAACAGUGCCGCUGAUCUCAUCUGCCAGCAGUUGAUUCCUGAAAUUGGCAAAAACAACAUAUACCGCCUCAACGCUUACAGCCGUGACUGGAAUUCAAUCCCUGCUGCUGUGAAGGAGUGUUCCAACUGGGACGGGGAACAAAAGCGUUUCUGGUACCCUAAAAAGGAAGACCUCAUGACGUACAAAGUUUUGGUGACAACACUGAUCACUGCAGGAAGGCUGGUGUCGGCCAGCUUCCAUGGAAAAGGCCACUUCUCACACAUCUUCGUGGACGAGGCGGGCCAGGCCGUGGAGCCCGAGUGCCUGGUGGCUGUCGCGGGGCUGCUGAGGCCGCCGUCGCAAGUGAACCAAGACGGGGGGCAGCUCGUUCUGGCCGGAGACCCCAAGCAGCUGGGGCCGAUCAUCCGCUCUCCCCUCGCCAUUAAGCACCACCUCAACAGGUCCCUCAUAGAGCGGCUCAUGAACGAGAACCCCCUGUACCAGAAGUCGUCUGAUGGCUUUUUCAACCAUUCAUUUGUCACCAAGCUGCUCAAGAACUACAGGUCACAUCCCGCCAUCCUGGAGCUUCCCAACACGUUGUUCUACGAGGGCGAGCUGCAGGUGUGCGCUGACGAGCUCAAGAGGAACAACUUCUGCCAGUGGGAGCACCUGCCGACCAAGGGCUUCCCCGUCAUCUUCCACUCGGUCAUCGGCCAGGACACGCGCGAGGAGAACAGCCCGUCGUUCUUCAACGUGGCCGAAGUGGAAGAGGUGGUGUCGUACCUCACGAAGAUCCUGGAAUCGAGCGGCAAGAAGGGCCUCGCCAAGGUCUCGCCCAAGGAGAUUGGAGUCAUUGCGCCGUACCGUAAGCAGGUCCAAAAAAUAAAGAAGGCCAUCACAGAAGUUGAUAAAGAGCUGAGAAAGCGGAAGGAUAUUCGUGAGCUGAAGGUCGGCUCUGUGGAGGAAUUCCAGGGGCAGGAGCGCACGGCCAUCAUCAUCUCGACGGUCCGCAGCGACAUGAGCUUCCUCUCCUUCGAUGAGAAGUUUGGACUUGGCUUCCUUCGGAAUCCAAAGAGGUUUAACGUCGCGCUGACCCGAGCCAAAGCCCUGCUGGUGGUGAUCGGAAACCCCGUCACGCUCUCCAAGGACCCCAACUGGGAGAGUUUCAUCAACUACUGUCGCUCACGGGGAGGCUUCAUGGGCGUCGACAUCCGCGAGGAGGACGAAGACCCGAACGAGAUGGAUGGUGGAGUUGACGCCGGUACUUCCAAUGGCAUCAAAGGUGGCGACGUGAACGUGGAAGCAGAGUGGAGGAGGGAGCUGUGACCCUGCUGAGUUUCUCUUGCAUCAGCCGCGCUGUGAACGUGCGUCCUGUAAUGUUGACCCUACAAAUAGGUUUCUUAGAUCCCUUACGUUAUGGGCACGUUUUUUCUGGUUUUAUUAGAUUUUUAUGAGCGUACAAUUUGCCGUUGUGAGAAACGAUCGAACAAUUUUAAACCGAUAUUAUAUGGUUUUUUGGUACAUUGAUCUGAAUCAAUAAUGUGAUCUGGUUUGACCACCUGAAUGUGAAAUUGUAGUUGUCGCUCAUCAGCCAUACAAAAAAUAAUAAAAUGACAAAGGCAGCCAUAGAAUGUUGACGCCAGGCGAUGUGGUACCUAUGUUGAACUUCUGCUGCAGCGUGCGUAGCCAAACGUGCUAAUCGGAAAUGCACACAACACAUUAUCUAUGAAGUCAAGCAACACCUAAACAUCAGUGCUUUAACUCUGUCAUACGACGGAUGCACCAUAACUAUUCAUCAAAGUCGUCACAUGGACAGUCGAUGCAUGCCUGUGUCGUCAGGCCCUGGAGGUCACUUCUCCGCGUAACGCUUGGCACCAUCGCCGCACGCUGUCGGAGCGCCACCUUGCGAGUAUCGGCAUAAAACGUCACCGCUCGGUCAUCCUGGCAGAAGCGGCUUUUCGCGAACCAUUGAACAACGAAGGCCAUCGCAUCAAGCGCGUUCAGAUGCAUUUCAGCGGCCAUCUGGAACGCUCUUCCUUCAGAUAUUAGGAAGCUACUUGAGCUAUGCACUUUUAAAUAAUCUAGAUUGAAAACCAAUUUCUUUAGUAGUGCUUUUUAUAUUUAGGAGUUUGUUGUCCUUCCCCCCCGCACCUCCGACUAGCACGGUUGGCUACGCACAGUGCGAAACAAGUUCAACAUACGUACGUACAGCACGGGGAAAACUCCAUUCUUCUCGGUUGCUAUCUGCAGACGAGCUGGCUAGUGGACCCAACGUUCCGGUUCGCACAUCGUGUGCUGCUCAGCACAGGGGUGGCCUGCAACGAACUCGCGGUGUCCCUCCCUCACCGCCACCCCUCGGCGUCGCUCCGCUCUCAGCAUUGCUGGGGGUCACAGCCGUUUUCUUGGUCAGGCUGUUCCUUGGCUUGAUCGACGAUGUCUGCUUUGAUUUCCUUGCGUCGUUUGGCUCGCUUUUCGACGACGUUUACAGUGGACACGCGUGCAGGCGUGGCCGUCCACAAAAGCUCGCUCACCCAUACAUCUUUUUCACACCUUGGCAGUCUCGGCACCCUUAUGUCAGUAUAAAUUCCAUCCCUGCAGUAUCGUCAUUACAGCAGUCUGCUUGAGUUGCCAUCCACUUCAGCCAUCCUGCCGAUGGCGUGACAGUGCCACACGCUUUGGACAGCUGUGAAAAAGAGCUUUACAGCUCAUCUGAUUCUUCCAGUAUAAAUAAUUGAAUGUCAUCAUGUGCCUUCAAAAACAAUUCUCCCAUCAAAUGAAUGCACAUCUUUGUUACGAAAAAUCUCAAACCUCUUUUAAACUUGAAUGUACCUGCUAAUUUGCACUGGCAGCAGUGGACGUGUGGCUUACGGGGCUCACGUCUGAGCCAGCACCACCGACUAAACUCUUCGGAUUUAAUUCCAUCGUUCUACUUGAGACCGAACAGCUCUGGAGCACGCAGCUAGCUGACGGUGUGAGGCUGGCCACAGAGCGACUCUACAAAUGGGAUCGUAGCGUUUGGUUUUAUUUGACUCGAUGCAGAUGUUCUGAGUGGGCCACCGAGUGCCUAGUCAACAUCAUUCAACACCGCACCAAUGAAAGUUGCGUCGGCGUUUCGAGCGGCAAUGCCGCCAGGGAAGAAACUCGACGCUUCUUUUUGCGGAAGGCGCCUGUACCCAAACACGUGGGCGUCACCCCGGUGGGGAAUCUCGCCUAUCGCCCUCGUCUUGCCAGCAUCGGCCACAAAGUAACGAUCACGGUGAACCCGAUCCAAAAACUCACCCCGGGGAUAUCGUGGGAAACAGCGUAGCUGGAACUCUCCGCAGGGCAACCGAGGCCUUGGCCCAGGCUGCUGCAGGACACUGCUCUGGCUGUGUCUGUCCACGUGGCACCAUUGGAUCCUCAAAUUCACUCCAACCGAGUGGCUCCCGCUGUCUCAAAUGAUCAGACCAUGGAACGUAUCGCAUCGACCUCGCCAGGGGCUUUACUUCGCGUCUCAGGAAACCCUUGUUUAGAGGCCUUCAUAAGAGGCACCAGAAGUACUCUGGCGGUUUGUUUCUCUGCGUGAUAAUAUUAUAAAUGGCUAAUGUGCAUCCUGUGUGACACCCCUUGCCCCUGAGGUACAACUUUGUGCACCUGAGGUGCAACUUGGUGCUGAAUUCCACAUCUGUCCCCGUAUUCUGUAAUUUUUGCACUUCCAAGUCCCACGCUCACGUUGUGAUCCAACACUCACAACAGGUCCAAGCAGAAGUGAAUAGACGCAUGGCUGCUUAGUUGUGUUUGAAACCGCGCACCUCCGAUUCAGCACGGUUGGCUACGUACGGUGCAAAAGAAGUUCGUUGUACAGUACAUGCUUACAAAGCACAAGGACCUUGUGGUGUGCAAUACCAGGGCGGCACUGGAGGCAAAUUCGAUAUCUUCUCUCCUAAUGCUACUGAAGCGUAGACAACGGCCUGACGUCGUUUGUAUGGCAAAUCAACAACGAUUGGCUCAUUUGUGGCGAUGAGAAAGAAGCCCCCGCAACACGUGCUAGGGCAGGCGGUUCACGCUUCCUGCCCUGGCCUCUUAAAAACACUUUGACUUUUCAGGGCGUCCAUCGGUUGAAACCUUGGCCUCUUUUCACAACAUUGGGUCGAUCUAUUCCGCUGGAACACAUGGGGUAUUCAUUCCACUGUAACACAUUGCAGAUUAGACAAAGUGCAUUUGGAGUCCAUUGACUUUGUAAUGUACAAAAUGAAAAAUAGGCUAUAUUGUAUCAGAUUGCCAACGUAUUAGAUGUGCUCAGGUGUGAUAAAUGCAAAUAAAAUGAAUGUAUUGUUUGCUUUUGUACUGUUUUACAAUUGCGUGCAAUAGUCU